CGAAAUUCCUUACAGGGCGUACUACGAACGUGUACGACGAUUUGAUAAACCUAUUCAAUUGUAGGUCCUUGCUAACUACUGCGGACAGUAGUCCCAAGAUUUGGUCAGGACACGAGCAAGACAAAGCGGAAGUGGGGAGUAAUCUUGACAGUCGUAUUACUCUUCGGCUCGGGCUGUGACUGGCCUGCGGACGUGGCGGCGCGGAAGAGGAGACGCCGGCUGGUACCGAGUUGAUCACCAUGUCCGAGUCUGCCCCUUCUGAGGUAGCACCUGAAUAUCCACCUCACUGUGAUCUCAGCUGCAGCCAUGAUGUCCCAAACGACAUCACGUCACCAUCAGAACACCCACAGCCUCCUCAGACUCUUGAGAGCUUGCUGCAGACAUCAGAGGAUGCCAAAGAGAGUCAAAUGUCUUCUGAGAGUCAGCUGACCGAAUGUGACCAACCAGUGAGCCUGGAGGCAGAUUCAGUGGAGGAAGAUGGAGAGGAGAAAUCACAACAGGAGAAAGUUUGGGGAGGUUGGGGCUCAUGGGGCAAAUCUCUCCUGAGCAGCGCUACCUCUACAGUGGGGCACAGUCUGUCCUCUGUCAAAGUGAAGGCAGGAGAGGCACUGCGUCUCCACAAGACCUCCGUGGGAGAGGAGGCCAUAGAAAAAGAGGAGGACACAUCAGAGGAUAAACCAGGAGGUGAAAGCGUUGAUCUGACCGAAUCUGAAGAAGCCAUCACCACCACCACCAAUAGGGGUGUCUUCUCUGCUAUCUCCAAUGCUGUGCAGAACACUGGUAAAUCUGUGAUCAGUGGUGGUCUCGAUGCUUUGGAGUUCAUUGGAAAGAAGACCAUGACUGUGCUGGCUGAGAGUGAUCCAGGUUUCAAAAAAACCAAGACCCUGAUGCAGAAGACCGCAUCGCUGAGUCAGAUGCUGAAGGAAGCUAAGGAGAAAGAGCGAGCCCGUCUGAGCAGCCAGCCCAUCAGCGCACCUACAGCUCAUUACGGGAUUCUUUUUGAUGACUACCAGGGUUUGUCUCACCUGGAGGCCCUGGAGGUUCUGUCCAAUGAGAGCGAGGUCAAGGUUCAAGCUUUCCUCUCCUCCCUCGGGGAAGAGGAGCAGGAGGAGGUGAAGAAGGAGCUGAUUUUCAUCAAGGACAUCUUUAUUCAGAGGGAAGGAGAGGAGGGGGAAGAGGAAGAGGGGAAAAGAGAGCAGGAAGUUGAUGAAGAGUUUCUGAGUGUUCUCACCGAGUUGCUGUUUGAGCUUCAUGUUGCUGCGACACCUGACAAGCUCAAUAAGGCUCGGAUGAGUGCCCACGAUUGGGUGAGCAAGGUGGAGCAGCCUGUCACUACGGAGACGGUUGGCAAGGAAACGCAGGACCAACCGGGAGGGGAGGUCUCGUUGGGAGAAGAGGAUGGAGAGGAGAGUAGGGGAAAUGAGGCGGCACAGGAGGAGGAGAAGCAGGAAGAGGGUGGGCUUGAAUUUGUGGAGUCUGUCUACUUGUCAUCAGUCGGCAGCCUGGCCGAAGUGACAGCCCGCAGUAUUGAACAACUCCACAAGGUGGCAGAGCUCAUCCUCCACGGGCAAGAGCAAGAGAAGCUAGCCAGGGAUCAAGCACACAUCCUUUCCAGGUUGACAUGCGCCAUGUGUAAAGAAGUGGAGUGUUUAGCCAAAAAGUUCUCGGACACGCUGCUUCUCGUCGGGUGUCAGAGGAAAGCAGAGGAGCUCAAUCCGAUGGUGGACAGUGUGCUGCUGGAGGGCUCCAACAGUACCAACUACAUCCAGAAUGCAUUUCUGCUCCUACUGCCCAUCCUGCAGGUGUCCCACAUUGAGAGCCAACGCUGCAGUACCUGCACAGAAACAGCAGAGGCACACAUUCAGCACUAACACGCAGACAUGCGCUACACGCUCAUCCACUUGCCUUACUGUAUGUAUGCAUUGUACAGAAAUGAUACAGUUGACUCCACAUUAAGUGCUUCAGUCUACAUGACAGUCUACAUUAUUUAUGUGUAUAAUAUAAGCUAAGAGUAAUUUGUCACAUAUAUUUGCAGGUAUCUGAUGAUCUAGAUGUCCUUUCUGAAAACUUAACCAAAAAUUGUUGCUGUUUACAUUUAUAUAUAAAUAUUUUAGGCAGUCUUUGCACUCUUACCCUAACCCCGAGUUAUUGUUUGACCCAAAAGAAAUACUUUAAUGCCAUUAUCGUUCUCAAAUGACAAGACAACUGAUACUAUCCCUAACAUUUAAUGACCCGAUGAAUGUGUAUCUCCUACAUUUCUGCAGGUAUGUGGUCAUUAUACUUCAUGCUACUCUAAUACCAACAUAAAAGCCAUGCAUUCCUUCAUGAGCAUUGAAACUUAAAACUGUCCACACCAUACUGUAACUACACAGACAACAUUAUAUUCAUUUACUAUAAACAUUAAGUGUCUGACUGAAGUCCCAAAGACUGUUUAACGUUGAAAAUGAAGAUGCUUUAAUCCCUAUUUGAUAUAUAUUGUUUUUAUUUUCACAUUUUAUUGAGUCCUGAAAUUGAUGUUACUGAAGUUGACUUCUGUCCAGCUGCAGUUCGGCUCCUCUGUGAGGGAAACACACUGUUGGACGGUGAUGAAGAUUAGCUACAGGGGAUGAAAUACUGUAUAUUAAUGUUUGACACAUUUCUAAUAGAAUCAUACAGUUGAUAUAGAGUGUUGGUGAGCGCUGUUCUAAUUAGCUUUGCACACACGUGGAAACCUUGCAUGUUUUUAUGUAUAUUUUACUUUAUGUGCACAAUAGAAAU